AUGAGCCCACAAAACUACUCAAGCGCAGUCAAUUCGCAUACAGAUGGAUCCAUACGCAGGACAAAAAUUCUCUUCCUGGGCACGAGAAGGAGCGGAAAGACUUCCAUACUCCAAGUCCUCUUCAACGGUCUCCCCGUGAAACAGACUUUCUUCCUCGAGCCCACAAUGCGCGUUGCAAAACAUUUCAUUGAUACCGUCAUCCCAUUGGAGAUAUGGGACUGUCCAGGAAACGUCACCGUCGACACACUUGGCGCAUCCCUUGCUGAUUUCUCGACCAUCGUAUUUGUCAUAGAUAUUCGAGAUCUGUACCAACAGCCCGUCUCAAAGCUCGUAGAAUUUAUCGUCGCUGCAUAUCAAGUUAACCCAAACAUCAACUUUGAAGUGUUUGUACACAAAGCAGAAAGGCUCCCAGAGGACGACAAGAUCGAAAACUUCAGGCAGAUACACGAACGCGUGAUGGACCGCCUCCUAGACGAAUCUCCCGAAUUCGAGCAAUUCCCUCUCAACUUUCAUCUCACCUCAAUAUAUGACCAUUCUCUCCGAGAAGCGUUCUCUCGCAUGCUUCACAAACUGCUCGACUCCCUACCAUAUCUAGAAGAACUAUUAAACGUCUUUUGCUCUAACACAGCAUCACCAAAGGCUUUCUUAUUCGACACAUCAAGCAAAAUCCACGUCGCAACAGACACAUCGCCAGUGGACCAAGCAACCCACAAUCUCUGCUGCGACUACCUAUCCAUGCUCAACUCGUUCGGGCCCCUGUACAGAUCCAACUCCAACGACCCACAGAUAAAUCGUCGAUUCCCCCCAACACCAACACCCCCACCCACAGCCACCGCAUCAACACCCGCCUCCAGCAUCACACCCGCCGGAACAUCGCCACCACUCACUAUCUCAUCCCCCGUUCCCACAUCAAAACCCCACUUCUUCCCUUCUGCAGCGGCCUCUCUCUCACCUUCGCACCCAGGAACUACGCUCACCUACCACCUCAUCACGCCGCAUCUCGCACUGCUCGCGCUGCUUCCGACGACGGUGUAUGAGAUGCGUAAGGGCUUGGUGGAGUGGAAUGUCGUGUGGUUCAGGGAGGGCAUUAGGGAGAUAUGGGAGGUGGAGAGGGAGCGGAGUACGGAGAAAGUUGUUUGA